AGCAAAUCCAACCACCUCGACAACCUUUGAACCCGAACCCUUCCCCUCCAAACCACUGCUUUUGACUCUUGAGUUUGUUCAGUAACAAUGGCUUCAGCUUGGACAGAACAUCGAUCUCCGACCGGUCGGUUGUAUUGGUUUAAUGCUCAAACGGGUACUUCAUCAUGGGAACGACCCGAAGCUCUGAAGACCCCAGCUGAGCGUGCAUUAGCAUCGACACCAUGGAAGGAAUACCAAACCGCCGAGGGGCGCAAAUAUUGGCACCACACCACCACUAAAGAAACCACUUGGACUUUGCCUGAUGCAGUACGUGAGGCUAUCGAAAAAGCUGCUGCUUCCGCACCUCCUCCAGCCCCACCCGCGUCUUCUCAGCCUGUUUCUUCUGCUCCCGGUCCUCCCCCAGCUCCCAUGCACCCCACCUUUGUUCCGGCCUCAACCCCGAACCCAGCAGCGACCCCCGCCACCCCCGCGGCUGCACCGGCUGGAACUACUCCCACAACCAACUUGCCACCUCGUCCGGUCACUUCAAUCCUCCAUUCAGCCCCUGUGACAAACCAUGCUCCCGUACCAAUGCCUGAUUUCAAGAGCCCCGAGGAUGCCGAACGUGCUUUCAUCGGCCUUCUUCGAUUAAAAGGCGUAACCCCUUCGUGGACAUGGGAGCAGACCAUGCGUGAUAUCAUUACCGAACCCCUCUACAAGGCUCUCGAUACAUUAGCUGCCAGGAAAGCCGCAUGGGAGAAGUUUAUUGAUAGCGAGCGCAAACGUGAGAAAGAAAACCGUGAGAAGAAUAUCGCUCGAGUUCGUGCCAGCUGGGAUGCUGGACUCGAUGGCCUCAGCGAAGAAAAAACAAUUGUUGACGACCAAGGUUCAGAGGUCAAACUCCCUGGAGCACCCCCUAGGCUAUGGUGGACUUGGGAUCGAUUGAAGCUUGAGGUUGAACGACGAGCCCCUGAAGUAUGGAAAUUGUGUAGAGAUGACGAAGAGCGCAGGGUGUUAUGGGAAGACUAUCUCACUGAACUCAGGCAACGAGACACAGCGGCCGCGAAUCAACUUCGGGGAAGGCAGCAGGAGAAAUUGACGAGUCUACUCAGAGCUCAUCAAGAAAAACUGAAUCUACCUGGCGAAUUCGAAAUGAUCCAAUGGCGGGUGGCUCAGGAAGCGAUUUUACAAAGCGAGGAUUUCCAAAAUGAUGAAGACUUGCGAAAGAUGGACGACUUGGACAUACUUAUCGUGUUUGAGGAAGAAAUAAAACGGGCAGAGAAAGAGACAAUGGAGCUGAAGGCGAAGCAGAAAGAUGAAAAGCGUCGGUCUUAUCGUAAAACACGGGCUGCAUACAUUAAGUUACUUCAUGAACUCAAACUUUCCGGGCAAAUCCAUGCCGACACAAUGUGGAAAGAAAUUUAUCCCGUUUUGAAAGACGAUGAGCGUUACCAAAACAUGCUUGGCAUAACUGGAAGCUCCCCUCUGGAAUUGUUUUGGGACGUCAUCGAUGAUCUUCAGCUUGAACUUGAGGAUAAGCAGAAAGUGGUUGAAGAUCUUCUGGAGGAACGAAACAAGAAGGUUGGCGAAACCACGGAGUUUGAUGAAUUCUUAACAUGGCUGCCCAAUGAUAUGGAACCUCAUAAACUGGAUCGACCGAUGCUGAAACAAAUCUUCCACAUGCUCGUCGAUUAUGCAGUUCGAACAGCAAAGGAAGAAAAGCGCCGUGCCGAGAAACGUCUUCGCAAUCAAAUCGAGGACCUUCGUUACGCCCUCAAGAAGCUUUCCCCGCCCGUUAAACUUGACACUCCCUAUGAAGAAGCCUUGGAACGAUUCUCACACUUGUCCGAGUUCAAAUCGCUUGAGGGUCAGGAUGAAGGUCGCAAAGAAGCCUUCAAUCGAUAUAUGGAAAGGCUAAAAGAAAAGGCGUCGGUCGAAGACAAGAGAAGCCGGCGCAAAGAGGAAGAGUCGUACCGGUCUGAUUCCAGGAAAAAAGGAUCGCUAGCGCAACUCUCCGACAAUGAAAGUGUCAAUUCUGCUAGCAAACGGAGACGUAAGGAUCCUCUUGAAGACGGCAAAUAUCAUCGUCAUCAAUCCCCUCGUACCAAUCGACUGCAUGAAGAUAUCUCAUCUCCCAGGGGCAAUGGCGAACACCGCGAAGACAAAGAACUCGACAAGGAUCAUGAGCGAAGUCUUGGGAGGGACCGUGACCCCGAGAAUGAUCGCGAGAGAGACGACAAUCCUAAUGCGGACCAAGCCACCACUGGCCAAGCUCCAGAGGGUGACAACGAGAAAUCUAGAAGUCGAGAUAGAGAGCGCCGCAGAGAUAGUGAACGGGAGAAAACUGAAGAACGGUCAAAAGACCGAGCAGACAAUCGUGAUCGUCCAAGCAGCCGGCUUUCAGCUGAUGAUCGAGACCGCCGUAGAAAAGAAUAUGAUCUGGAUCGACAUGGAUCCCGACGACAUCGUUCUUCGCGCAGGGGAGACCGGGAUCAUGACGAUGACAGUAGGCAUCGUGGAAGUCGACACGACGAGGAUGACGGACAAUCCCGUGAGAAGAGGUCAGAGAAUGGCUUGUCGGAUAAACGGGCUAGAAGCCAAGACCGCCCUGAAAGUCGCAAAAAGAGCGACACGGUGCCAUCGGACCAGGAACGUGAUAGCAAACGCCCUAAGACUGUGCAGCCCCAACCCGAAAAGCCAGCGGAAAAAAGCGAUGGUGAGGAAGGCGAAUUGGAAGGUUAAUCACAUAGAGUCGCUAUGUGUUCACUUACGCUGGGAUCUCUUUGUAGUUAUUUCAAAGGGCACCCCCUGAUUGCAUCAACGAGAUGGCUCUCGAUCGACGAAAUAUGCCACUCGUACUUGCAACCCUGAGAUUUAAACACUAGCCUCUUUAAGCUCGUUUAUGCCAUGUAGGCCAAUGCGUCUCUUCUUCUUUGUUGGCAUGACUAUUCACCAGAACAAAUAAUCUCCGUUUAUACCUUGUUACAUAUUUCUGAUGUUUCGGUGGGAUUGUCACAUCCCAUCUGUUGAGACUGAUUCAUAACAAGUGAAUUGAUGUAAGCUGGCUCAAUAUGCCUGUACAAUGCUUCAGCAAUUACUGCCAGCUGCCACGGAUAGCUAACAAACUGUGAGCUAAGAAGUUCCAGAUCACGUGAAAAUACAAGCUGUAUCUUGUUGGAUUGUAUGGUUACAACGCUUGAUGGAUGCUCAACCUGAAUCUUUCGAGUCCAGAAAGCGUUAGACGCAUUGAAGCUGAUACCGAUAUUUUAACCGCGCUAACGGGCCAGUUCUGUCUUCUAAAUCAUCAAGAUACUUGGCAUGCCUUUUUUGUUGAAACCUACAAGAUUUAGUUGGUGUUGUGACAAUCCACAUCAUAGCUGCUGGUGUCAGGCUCAGGUGGAAGGGCAGAUGAGGGUGAAAUCAGGAUAUACCAAAGUGGGAUUAUUAUAGAGUGGAUGUGGUUGAUCAGAAGAUGCGGCGGAGCCACAUCAGUCCUGUCGAUUCCUGUGCGCUUGAUUGCAAGACUAUUUCAAGACCUUGUCAUCUUGAUGAGUGAUCAUGAUCUUUUGUGAAUUAUCUCUAUCUGUGCAUUUGAUCUUCCUUUCCUUGUCCUGACAGAUAUCCCAUUUUUUUAGCUACACCAGAAGAUAUAAUCAACUGUAACCAGUGAGAACUUACAGUUAAGGUCCUACUAUGCCACGUCGCACCAAACGCGUUCCUCUAGUCAUCUCAUGUUAUCAUUUGUUUCAAUGUUUCUAAAUCUGUCGAUUUCACUCUCAAUUUCUUACAUCCUAAUCACGCUAAUCAAGUUUUACAUUCGAACUCUUCCAGCUUUAUAAUCCAUUAUCGAAUUCUUGAAUAACCUUCCUCGUUUCCCAUUCACAUA